UUUUCUCUUUUCGUUUGCAGCGGUAUCGAAAGAGGAGGCGGAAGAGCACAACAACCACCAUCAACACCAUGGGGGGAAGCUGCCCUACAAUGGCUACAGUGACGAGUUCCUAGACCGACUAGAACCCAACGGUAACAUACCGGCAGGGAAAGGUGAUAUUAGAUAUGGAUUCGGCAGAGGUGCAGACAUGGGUUCAAUGCGGAGUGCCCAAUCAGCUGAAUGGAACAGCGUUUCCAGCCACGACAGGGUGAAGCGGCAGCUGUCCGUGUCGAGCGACAGCAAGCUGCUCGACGACGACAUCCGAGAGGAGACGAAGGUGAUACUGAGGCCGCGGAAACCGCCGAGGCCCAAAUCGGAGGUGUUGCUCAAUCAAGGUCACGCCGCCGAACACCUGCAUCGGCGGACGAAGCGGUAUUCGGCCUUCGGGGGUGAUUCUCCGUUCGGAAAGUCGGAAGCCUACAUAAAACUAGAACAAUUAGGUGAAGGUUCAUACGCAACCGUGUACAAAGGAUUUAGCAAUUUACAGAACCAGGUGGUGGCAUUAAAAGAGAUUAGACUGCAAGAAGAAGAAGGUGCUCCAUUCACGGCAAUCCGUGAAGCUUCCUUACUAAAAGAACUGAAACACGCUAACAUAGUCACCCUACACGACAUUGUACAUACCAGGGAGACUCUCACUUUCGUUUUCGAAUAUGUUCACACCGACCUGUCGCAGUACCUGGAACGCCACGUGGGCGGGCUGGAGCCUCGCAACGUGCGCCUCUUCCUCUUCCAGCUGCUGCGCGGUCUGGCCUACUGCCACAAGCGGCGCGUGCUGCAUCGCGACGUCAAGCCGCAGAACUUGCUCAUCAGCGAGUGCGGCGAGCUGAAGCUGGCCGAUUUCGGCCUGGCCAGGGCCAAGUCAGUGCCCAGUCACACCUACUCGCACGAGGUUGUGACGCUCUGGUACAGACCUCCGGACGUGCUGCUGGGCAGCACGGAAUAUUCCACCUCCUUGGACAUGUGGGGGGUGGGUUGUAUAUUCGUUGAGAUGUUAACAGGGAUGGCGAUAUUUCCAGGUGUGAGGGAUACGUACGACCAGUUGGAUAAGAUAUUCAAAGUGUUGGGCACUCCGACCGAGGACGACUGGCAGGGCGUGUCGCAGCUGCCCGGCUACAAGCAGCACCGCCUCGGGCAGUACUCGGGGCGGCGGUUGGGCCUGUGUUGGCCGCGGCUGCACGACGUGGCGCACGGCGAGGCGAUGGCCGCUGCCCUGCUGCAGCUCGACCCGCAAAGGAGGCUGGGGGCCGAGGAGGCGAUGACCCACCGGUACUUCGAGGGGUUGCCGGGGAAGCUGCUCGAACUGCCCGACGGAGACGCUAUGCACUCUCAUGCAAAAAUCAAAGACAGAGAAAGAUAUAUGGAUGUACUCUUCCCAGGACUUGUGGAGGAAGGAAGAUGCGAGGAUCCUUUAUCUAAGCGAAAAAUAUAUUCUUGUCCUUGUGUGGCAAAACAUAUGAUUUGCUUCAAAAUGGUUUGUGAUUAUGUUUGA